UAUAUAUACCCGGUAAAAAAAAAAAAUUAAGGUAGAGAGAGGGGGGUCUGGUUAGGGUUAUUUGGGUUCUGAGACGAAGUGAAAAAGGAUGGAGGUGGAGGUGCGAUGGAGUGAUGAAAAUCCGUUAGCUACGAAUGAUGGUUGUGGAAAGUGGAUUUAUCAACAUAAGGCGCCGCGUCGCCGCCGAUCGACGCCAAAGAAAGCUUUAUCAGGUCCGGCGAGGAAGCUGGAUGCAUUCUUUCCAAAUUUAUCAAGGUCUCGACAGCAAUGGCUCGAAAAUUUCUCUCUUUAUGCCUGCUCCGGGUGCGAAUCAGGAGGGGACUCUCCCCCACCCUCUCCAACUGAAAAUGAUAAUCUAAACUAUUAUCUUGAUGCCGAACGCCCCUUUUAUCGGCACCCCUUCCCACAUGCACCCACUAUUGCGGUAGGAGAACAACUGAAUGUUUCAGAUUUGCUAGGGAAUAAGCUCUUGAGUUUCAACACCAGUAGCCAAAAUAUUCCCAGUAUUCAGCCCAACCAAUUCAGAAGUUAUGUGGGCUUGCAUGAUCCAAAAAUGGGUGCGGACAGGGGUAUUAAUAGUAUACAUAUGUCUAAAUUGAGCAUUGGUACACCGGGCAAGCGUAAUCCUGAUGUUCAACCCCCUGGAGCCAGAAUUUGUGUCAAUGAUAUUGUUAAAAGCAAUACUGUUAUGGCCUGUUCCUCAAGCACAACACCAGACAAAGAGAAUGUUAAUGUGGAAAGCACCCUAAACCUAAAGGGUAAAUAUGUUAUUAUUUGUUGCGUGUUUGCGCCUUCUACAUGGGACUCUGAGGAUGGAACCAUGGUCUAUCACACAGCUUUAGCUUCUCAUGAGAUUGCUAAAAGAGAUGAUAUUGUGCUGGUGGUGGUGCCAAUGAUGAGGAAGGGUUUCACUCAUCACUGCUCUGCCUAUCAACAAUUCUUGUCGGGCUUUUCCUGCCUCGCUGUCCCUUUCGUUGACUCCUAUCGGCGCGAGUACAUUUGCUCAGCCCUCCGUUUUGAUGGUGAGCUUAUAGUUUUGGUUCUUGAUCCAUCUCAGAAGGUUACAUACCAUGGCCCGCCCUUCAUGUUUCUUUGGUAUGGAGUAGCUGAAAUUGAUUGCUUUGACUUUACUCCGGGGAGAAGGGAUAUUUGUUUACGCCCUGAUACAGAUCGGCAGGAUCUCUCCCUCAAUGAGCUUUUGGGCCUUAGUGACACUGAUGUUCUCUACAACAUUGAAUCUCUCACCGGUGGCAGGUUGAAGGAGGAUGGUUGUAUUACUAUUUCAGAACUUAAACGCAAGCUUGUGGGGCUUUAUGUGUGCUCUGCGGCUACAAGUUUAAGAAGGCUUCAGGAGGUCUACAAGGAAUGUAAGGAGAAAGGGUAUGACCUUGAGAUUGUGGUGGUGUGCUUUCCCUUCGAUGGGCAGGUGCCCCCAGAGUUCCAAGAGAAGUUAAUCAUUGAUGCUCUUGCACGUUUUAAGCUGCUAGGCUGGUGGUAUUUCCCCUUCGACAACACCGUGUGCCAUAGGCUAAGGAGAAUGUGUGAAAUUGACAGCGGCAAGGAAAGUCUUUUCAUAGUGGAUCCUAUUAAAAAGUGUGUUGAUGCCUAUGGAAUGCCAAUCAUCUUUGACUUUGGCAUCGGCGGUUAUCCCUUCACCAUGGGGGAGUUGAUCAACAAUGAACUUCAAAGGGUAAGGGGACUGAGACUGAACUCGUUACUUCCUUCAACACAUGUUUUUCGCAAGCUUGAUUCUGGCUCCAUUGAUAAGGUUCCUGUGGCACAAGUGCUUAAGGGCAAGAUUGUUGUUCUUUAUAUAUACUCAGAGGCGAGUGAAUGUUUUGUUGAUAAAUUGGCUGCGUGGUAUAAAAACAAUAUCAAGGGAAAGCAUUCAAACGUCGUCGUGGUUACUUGUACCGUAGAUGGUGAGGAGACUAGUGAUGAAUACUUCAUUGAUAUGGGGUGGUUGGUAUGCCCAAACCCAAUCAGGGGAUGCUCUACAACUCUUGGAAUUCUCCAUACUUACCAUGGGGUAGACGACAUACUUGUUGCAUUUGAUGGGGAUGGUCGGAUUCAAUCUGUGGAUACUUUUCGGCUUUUGGAAUCUCGGGGCCCACCUUUCCAUGGGAAUCUACGCGAGGAGAUUGGUAAGAUGUUAUUUAACACUGGGUUUAGUCGCCCGCUAAGGUUUGAUUGGCAUUUGUCUGCAUCCAUGAAACGUAACUAUUAGCCCCAAAAUAAGAUUCCACCUAUUGGAAUCCAUGUGUGUGUGUGUGUGUGUGUGUAAGUUUUUACAUUUGUAUGCUUCUUUGGGAUUCAUGUUGGUUUUUCAAUUUGCAUUCUUAAUUCUAAUCACUGUCUAGCUAGCUUAAAUAGUUGGUCUGUUUUUGUCUAUGAUCAUCCCUACAAGGUUCAAGGUCACCAACUUUCCCUUUGUGGACUGGUUCAAAAUGCCCACAGUUCAUUAAAAAGCACUCCGUAGA